AAUGGUCUUGUUUAAAGAACAGGAAAUGCCUUUAUUGGUCAAACAGGAAGGACAUGAUGAGUAUGUUGUCUCAACUGCUGAAGAACUCAUAUCUACUUCUUUUCUGAAGCCACUGAUGACCAGACGCAGAGCAGGAAAAUGCCUGACGCUGAUAUUGUUUACUCCGAUGUCAAGUUCAAAAGAUCCAAAGAUGCCGGCAGGGAAGUCACUUCCUCUCCUGACGUUUCCACAACAUAUUCUGAUGUGAAAUUCUCCAGUCCGUCCACGCAGCAGCACAAUCAAAGACCAGCAGCAGAACCCUCACCACAGAACAAACAAAGACGGGGAGCGGUGACGUUAGAGCGAGUUCUUCUGUUGAUCGCCACGCUCCUAUUGGCUGCUGCUCUGGCUGCUCUGGCUGCUGUCUCUCUUGAAAACAGAGGGACCAAGAUAAACCUGGAGAAACUGCAGCGUGACCUGACAAAUCUCACAGAGACACAAAAAAAGAUGAAUGAACUCAAUAAGCUCAACGUGAACCCGCCGCGAUGUCCAGAACCGACUCCAUCAAGAACAAGUGGGCACACCUGUGGCAGAGACUGGGAACAUCACGGAGGAAAGUGUUACCAUUUCACAAAGACUAAUUUAACAUGGAAUGACAGCAGAGAACGAUGCACACUAUUGGGAGGACACCUGGUGAUGAUUGAAAGCCAGGAAGAGCAGCGAUACCUGGUGAACAAAGUGAAGGAGCUCAUGACAACCGAUGAGGACAAGUUUUGGAUCGGGCUGACGGACGCAGAGACGGAGAAUACGUGGAAAUGGGUCGAUGGAUCGUCACUGAGCCCGCAUUUGGAGUUUUGGCUACAUAAUGAGCCCGACAACUGGACAGGGCAGAAUGUCGAGGGUGAGGACUGUGUGAGGCUGGGUGAGAAAGGAGCCACAACUCGUAACCUGAGAUAUUGGACGGACAAAUCUUGCACUGUCCCUCAUAAAAGUAUUUGUGAGAAAAGCUUGGAAAAAUGUACUUGUUUCUAACGUCCAGGGAGACGUCCACAUGGAGAUUUAGCCUGUUACGCUGACGUUGCUUACAGAUACAGAUAGCUUAGCAAAGCGAGCUAAUAGUUAGCCAGGGGCAGCUAAAAGAGAGCCAAACCACUGUGCCGUGGAAAAUUAUCCAAUUUCACUGAAUUGGGCUAAAAACUAUUAUUUAUUUAUUGCAUAUAAUUUUUCUUUGCUUGUCAAAGCGUGAAAGGCAGAACAAUUAAACCCUCUUCUGCUAGGUGGCAGCAGAUAGCUAUUAAAACUAAAAAAAUAUAUAACCAGAGCUGUUGAAAAAGGUCUUUGUGAGUGUCUUUCUUCAAUUCCUGCCAGUAUGUCAGCGUUGUCUUCAACUAAACAGGCUGAGAUUUGAGUCAAUUAUGAAGUCAUUAAAACUAGAAGAUUUUUAUAUUUCAUUACAAAGACAUUUUUGUGAGAUGUUUGUUUGGUGGUGUGUUAGCUCAAAUGUUUAAACGUUAGCCAAGAGAUGAUUCAGAAUUAGCCAACAGAACAGCCAAUAAUGUGUAAAAUGAAACAUAUACAAAGCUAACCAUCAAAUAACAGUGCCUCAAAAUGGCUAAGAAGAAUUAGCGAAGCCUAAGGAUUUAGCUAGCUUAACGAUUUUACUUCUACUUUUUGUAUUUAUCCCAGUUUGCCUGUCAGUGUUGGUGAAAACGUACAAUUAUUGUCAAAAACCUGAUGAAGACUGUAAUAAACUCAGACUCUACUUCAACUGAA